AUGGCAAACUACUGCCGCAACCCAACCGGAAGGGAGAGGCCAUGGUGUUUCGUCAUGGACAAUCAUGUUCAAUGGGAAUAUUGUGAUAUCCCCAUCUGCACAGAUAAUGACCCUCCAGAGUGCAAGAUAACUCAACAGGCCGGUGAAUACAUUGGAAGGAAGAACGUGAGCCAUUCAGGUUUCGCAUGCAAACCUUGGGAGGGAAAUUGGAGAACCACAAUCCCUGGAAUGGGGGCACUCUUCAUGCCGGCAUUUCCAGAUUACAAAGAGACUAAGGAUACUCACAACCUCUGUCGCAACCCAAAUGGCGACGGCGCUCCUUGGUGUUUUGUUGAAAAUAGAACUUUUAAAAAGGAAUACUGUGACAUUUCCUUCUGCGAGAUCCGAGAAAUUAAAAUUGGAUCCAAGGGGAACGUGUAUCCUGAAUGCAGACUGACAGAGAAAGGAAAGGAAUAUGUCGGGACGAAGGAUGUGACUGUGACUGGAAAGCCUUGUCUCCGUUGGGAAACUAAGCCGUAUGGCAUGCCAUGGGAUUUCUUCAACCAAGAAAUGGGAUAUUCGGAUCACUUCAUCAAUGUGGACGCAGUAAUCCAUAAGAAUUACUGCCGGAACCCUGCUUUGUACAGGGAAAAGCCAUGGUGCUUCGUCUCUGACCCUGACAUCAAGUGGGAAUACUGCGACAUUCCCUUCUGUCAUAACCUCGAGCCGCCCGAAUGCAAGCUGACGCCGAGCGGGGGUGAAUAUGUCGGAAGACUGAACACGACCAUUUCGGGAUUUCCGUGCCAACAUUGGCUGGCACAAUUUCCAAAUGAUCACGAUUCUGUUCGGAAAUCACUAUCGGCAUUUCCUGAUGAAGUUGAUGGGAGCCACAACUUUUGCCGCAACCCUGAUGCCAAAGGCCAUGGUCCAUGGUGUUUUAUUAGGAAAUCGUAUGACAGGGAAGUGUGGGAAUAUUGCGAUGUUCCCUUUUGUCCUAGGACAGAAGGAGAACGAUGCGAUAUUCGCGUAUCAGGAAAUUGCAUGAGUCCAUUGGAGUGCAAAAAAGACGUACGAGGAUCCAUGUAUAUGGGGACGAAGAACGUUACCAAGUCAGGUUACCCCUGCCAGCUAUGGAUGAGCGUUUCACCAAAUGAUAUCUCAAAACUUGAUGAUAUUUCAUAUAUACUGUUGGAAUCAUUCCCAGACGACUUGCAUCCUUCUCACAACUUUUGUCGCAAUCCUGAUGUCGAUUCAAACGGGCCUUGGUGCUGGAAUGGAGCUGGAACUGAUCCCGAAUGGGAAGAAUCAGUAGUUGAAGUGAUCGAUGCUCUUCAGCCUGUGCCACGUAUACAACCUAGCUCAUUCGUUCCUUCCCUUGGAAUAUAUGCCAUGACAAUGGAACUCCUCUUCUCCCGUGGAGCCAAGCCGGUGGCCGUCAUCGCUUUCUUCUUUACCUACUUACACAAUGUGAUCUCAAUAGAUUUUGUGGCCCAUUAUGUUGCACAUCCUGGGAAGAGAUACGAGAACAUCACUUUUGAAACAAAAGAAGCAAGCGUCAGAAUUUGCGGAGUAAGAUGUGUUCUACAGACACCCCCUUGCUAUGCCCUCAACUAUCGUGAAUCCGAUGGUUCCUGCCAAUUGGUUUUUAAUGGGAAAAGUGGCCUUGUGGAAGCGAACGGCUUUACUUCCUAUGUUCAGAGUGAGUCGAUGACUCACUCUGAACAGAGCGACUCCCUGCAUCGAGCGAGCACCGCAAAAUAA